UCUACCAGGGAACUGGAUCUGGUUCCAAGAUGGCGGCACAGAUGGCGGUAAAUUCAGGAGCCAGUCUGUGGGGGCCGCUGAAGGAGCUGUGGGAGACUGUGGAGGGGGCGGUAUGGCGGAGGCAGGCGGAGAGCGUCCACCUGCUGGGCCUGCAGCUGAAGAAACACAAGCCGCACUUCCUGUCACUCUUCAAGAACCCACCAAAGAGCGCAGAGCAGAGAGAGAAGGUACGGAAGGCGAGCUUGGAAGGCAUUUCCAUCCAGGGCCAGCAAGGGGCCCGACUCCUUCCAGAGGCACUGCUCACAGAAGCCUUCAUACUGAGUGAUCUCUUUGAUAUGGGAGAGAUGGCAGCCCUGGAGCUGCUUCUGGCAGGAGAGCAUCAGCAGCCAUACUUCCCCGGGCUGACGCGUGGGCUGGUGGCUGUGCUCCUGUACUGGGACGGCAAACGAUGUCUGGCUAAUUCUCUACGAGCGCUUAUCCAAUCCCGCCAUGGCAAGACCUUCACCCUGGACCUCAGCCCUGAGCUGGUGGCGCUCACCACGCGCUUCACAGACGAGCUGAUGAGCCAGGGCCUGACGCAGCGCAUCCUCACGCUGGUGUCCGAGAUCGGCGUGACGCGGGAGUUUGAGCGCCUGCAGAAGCAGUGCGGCCUGGGAAACGAGAAGCACAGGAAGGAGGUGGCUGAUCUCAUCAAGGAGUGCCGCCUCUCUCUCGCCGAGUGUCUGUUUUCCUGGACCUGCCAGACACCUCUGAGCAAGGAUGACACCCUGGCCCUGAUUGGUCACCUUGAGACAGUGACACCAGAGGCUGACGGCUCAUUGGACAACGUGAAUGUGGCUCUGGUCAUGGCUCUGCUGUACUGCUUGGAUGUCAGCUUUCUGGAACAGGGAACAGAGGACAGAGAAGACCUCCUUCAGGCACUGCCGCUGUUGACAGAGAAGGAGUACGUGUCUGCGGUUCACAGCCGGCUGGUGGAGGGCCAGCCCUGGAAGCUGCCGGGCCUGCAGGCGGUGGUGCGGCUGGCCUGGGCCCUGUCUCUGCGCGCACUCUCCCAGCUGCCGCAAGGAGCAGCUCUGGUGGAGUUUACGGAGGGGGACGAGUCUCUGGCGGACCAGGCCCUGCUGGAUGGAGUGUUCCUCUUCCUGACGGAGGGCGUGCUGGGCUGCGAGGGCUUUACCCAGGAGGAGUUUUACACCCGCCGCCUCCACUCCCUCAUCACGGACUUCCUCGCACUCAUGCCCAUGAAGGUGAAGCAGCUGCGGAAUCGUGCUGACGAGGACGCCAGGCUGGUGCACAUGGCUCUGCAGAUGGGCACUGAGCCCCCCACCCCCCUGCGAAAAGACCUGGACCACCUCAUGAUCCUGAUUGGAGAGUUCUACAGCAAAGACCCCUUCAGCCUGGAGCUGGCCUUGGAUUUCUGGUGUCCCUCAGAGUCGCUCCAGCACACCUCACUCACAGGCUCCUACCUGGGCAUGGCCCUGCAGAGACCCCCCCACAAGCAGGUGGUGCUGUCCAAGUUCGUGCGACAGAUGGGGGACCUCCUGCCGCCCACCCUGUACAUCCCCUACCUGCGCAUGCUGAAGGGGCUGGCCAACGGGCCGCAGUGCGCCCAGUACUGCCUCUGCCUGCUCCGCACCAACGGAACCCCGCACAGGGAAAACCUGCAGGGGGCAGUAGCGGGCAGCCCCGUGUCCUGGGACCACUUCUUCCAGUCUCUGAUGCUGUACCACGAGAACCUGCGCAGGGACCUGCCGAGCGUGGACGCGGCGCACUACCGCCACCCGCCGCUCCGGGGCAUCACGCAGCGGGAGCUGGACGGCCUGACCGCCUUCCUGCAGCUGCUCACCACCGUUGUCACCUGGAGUGAGAGCGCUCGCCUGACGCUGUGCAAACACCCUCAGUGGACACCCGUGGUGGUGAUGCUAGGGCUCAUGCAGUGCAGUAUCCCGCCUUCCCUCAAGGGGGAGCUCCUGCACUGCCUGGCUGCCUUCGGCAAGUCGCCUGAGAUCGCUGCCUCCCUGUGGCAGUCCCUGGAAUAUGCACAGAUCCUCCAGACAGUUCGAGCCCCAGGGCAGAGACCAACUGCAGGGAUAGAGGUGGAGCUGAAUGAGAUUGAGUCCAGCUGUGAGGAGUACCCUCUGACCCGGGCCUUUUGCCACCUGAUCAGCACGCUGGUGGAGACGGCUCUGCCAGUUAACCUGGGGGUGGGGCUGCGCCCGCCCGGGUUACAGCCCUACCUGGACUUCCUGCGCGACGCCGUUUUCCUUCCCUUCCCCACCCGGGCCUACCGCCGUGCAGCUGAAAAGUGGGAGGUGGCGGAGGCGGUGCUGGAGGUCUUCCACAAGCUCCUGCGGGACUACAAGCCCCAGCCCGGGGACUUCCUGUCGGAGGUGGUGUUGCAGCAGGGGGAGCAGGUUCCUGCCCACAAGCCCCCUGGGUACAGCCUGAUGUUCCACCUGCUGAACGACUCGCCCAUGCUGGCCCUCUGCCUCAGGCUGCUGGAGGAGGGGCUCUGCCUCCUGGACACCUACGCCCCCUUCCCCGGUCAGAAGCAGCUGGAGCGGGCGGUGUUGCACUGCCUGUGCCUGCUGGACCUGGCCCUGCAGAAGCAGGCGGUGUUCAUGGACCUGCUGCGGGAGAGCCAGGCGUCGCUGCUGGUGUCCCCGCUGGAGCAGCUCCUUCAGGGCAUCAGCGCCCGCAGCCGGCGGGCCGACCACAUCGUCAACAUCGCCAGGUACCUGUACCACAGUAGCACCAUCCCAGAAGCUGGCCUCCUGAGUGCCAAAAUCUUGUGCCACAUCGCCCGCUACCCCAACAUUCAGACGCGGCUCGUGGGAGACUUCACACAUGAUCAGACUGUGAGUGACAAGCUGAUGGCAGGAUUUGUGGAGUGUCUGGACAAUGAAGAAGCAGAAGAGGACGUAGAGAAGGAUGACGACUCUGACCCAGAGAAGGGAGUGGCACAUACCCGGCAUGAAACCAAGGUCCACAUCCUGAACCUUCUGAUCACAUCUCUGGAGCUGAAGCCUCCGAACCUGGCCCUCUACCUGCUGGGCUACGAGCUCAAGAAGCCCGUCUCAACCACCAACCUGCAGGACGCAGGAGUGCUGGGGUGUCCGCGAAGCUGCCUGCACGCCAUUCUCAGCCUGCUGCAGAGGGGCUGUGAGAGGCGAUCAGGACCCGUCCUCACCCAGGAGGCCCCUCACCUGGCUGAGCUCUGCUACCAGGUGAUCUACCAGCUGUGUGCGUGUUCGGACACGUCGGGCCCCACCAUGCGCUACCUGAGGACCAGCCAGGACUUCCUGUACUCCCACCUGCAGCACCUACCCUUCAUCCUCCCAGACGCCAAGAUCGCCGCGCUCUCGCAGAUGUCCUGGCUCAUGAAGACCGCCGCCAUCGAGCUGCGGGUGACGUCACUGAACCGCCAACGCUCCCACACGCAGCGCCUGCUGAACCUGCUCCUGGACGACCAGCCGCACACACAGCACGCAGCAGACGGGGAAACGGGGAUGGAGGAGGAGACUCGAUCUGUCAGUGGGUUCCUGCAUUUUGACACCGCCUCCAAAGUGCGUAGGAAACUCCUCAGCAUCCUGGAUGCCAUUGACUUCAGUCAGAAGGUCCCAGAGCUGCUGCAGCUGGACUUCUUUGAGCGCGCUCAGAUCGAGCAGGUCAUCUCCAACUGCGAGCAUGUCGACAAGCACGGACACACUGUCUGCAACGUCAAGUUGCUGCACAGAGUCCUAGUUGCAGAAGUCAACGCCCUCCAGGGCAGAGCAGCCAUUGGUCAGCGCCCCCUACUGAUGGAGGAGGUGAACUCCAUCCUGCAGCAGGUGGUGGAGAGGAACCAGGUGCGGCACAGCCUGAGCGCCAAGCGGCACGCCCUGCAGUCCUGGAGGGAGCUGGUGGAGACGCUGUUCACCGCCUGCCCCUUCGACCUCAUCCCCACCGACGAGCGGCAGCUGAUCAUCCGAGACCUGCUGCUGGACCUGCACGACAAGGUGUUGUCGGAAGACGCAGCGGUGGAGUUGAUGCCGGUGGUUGCGGGGGCGGUCUUCACCCUCACAGCGAACCUCAGCCAUUCCAUUCUCUCCGAACAGCAGCAGGGGGCGGGGCUGGAGGGCGGGGCCUCCUCAGGUUUCGCCUCCAUCGCAAACUCCGCCCUACACCUGAUCCUUCGCAAACUGCUGGACUUCAUUCUCUGCACAGGUGGAGGAUUCCAGCGACUGCGUGCACACCUGUAUGGGUCCCUACUCUACUACCUGCAGAUCGCUCAGAAGCCUGAGGAGCCAGACACAUUGCAGACAGAUGGGAAGUCCAUGUGGGAGCGUCUCACGGCUCCAGAGGACGGUUUCUCCAAGCUGCAGAGGGAGAACCUGGCCAUCAUUGAGAGCUACGGCACUGCGCUCAUGGAGGUGGUGUGCAGGGACGCCUGUGACGGACACGAGAUCGGCAGGAUGCUGGCGCUGGCGGUGCUGAACAGGAUCAUAUCCAUCGACCGGCAGAGACAGUGGCUGCUGUUCGUGUGUAACAGCGGGUACCUGCGCGUGCUGGUGGAGAGUCUGAGGCAGGACGACGCUGCCCUACAGGCCCUGCUCACGCCCCAGCCCCCGCUGCUCAAACCCCUCUACGUCUACGAGUCCAAGAUGGCCCUCCUCAUGCGGGUGGCGAUGACAGGCCCGGGGGCGGUGGAGCUGCUGCGCUGUGGCCUGGUGGCCCAGCUGGUGGAGUGCCAGGUGUUCGACAUGCUCCCCGAGAGCGACUCCCACAGAGUGUUUGGCCAGCGGGACCCCAGUGGCUUCAUCCCCGCCCCGCUCGACCUCUACAGACAGAUCCUGCUGCCAGCCCUCAGGCUCCUCCAGGUCAUCCUCACUUCCACUCAACACCAGGAGGGGGCAGCACAGGUGCUACACUGGCUGAUCGCUCACUCAGACACCAUCCAGUCCAUCCUGCGCUGCCAGGAACUGAGCAUGGGCGCCCUACAGGAGCUCUCCAUGAUCACGGGCAUCAUCAGCAAGACCGCCCUGCCAGGAGUACUGAAGAUGGAGCCAGAUGUGAACAGCUCUACGUUGAUGGAGUUCCAGGGGCACAUCGGGAGGUUCCAGCGUCAGUGCCUGUCUCUGCUUGGCCGGCUGGCAGGCAGUGAGCGCGUGCGGAUCCUGAAGCUGGCGGAGGAGGGCGCGGCCCCCGGGGAACCGGCCGACCGGCGGGAGGAGAUGGAGCUGGCGGCGCAGCAGAUCUGUGCCAAUGUGAUGGAGUACUGCCAGACCCUGCUGCUGCAGAGCUCGGCCAAGGCCCAGUUCAGCAUCUGCCUCUUCAGCCCCUCUGUCACCGAGCCGGCUGCCAGAGAGGGUCCCCGCGCAGAUCUGCCGGUGCCCGCCGUGCCCACCUCCCGGGUGCCCAGCCUCGGCCUGGUGCUCUUCCUGCUGAAGAACGCCGCUGCCGACUUCUUCCGCUUCCACCAGAGCCACCAGCAGAGCCUGAACAAACUGCAGGGCCUGGAUCACCUGCCCCCAGAGGAGCUCAAAGAGCUCUGCCAGGCCCUGGUGUACGGCUCUGGAGGGGUGGACAAAAUCCCCUCUGUCCAGCGGAGUGUUCUGGCGAAGCGCCGCCUGGUCCAGCUCAUCAACAACCGGGCCAAGCUGCUGGCCCUCUGCUCCUACAUUGUUGAGACUUGCCUUUUUGUGCUGUGGCGCCACCUGGAGUACUACCUAUUGUACUGCACCCCCAGCGACCCAAAGGACUCCCUUCUGCCUAGCACUAAUCCCUUUGGCGUGCUGCAGAGCAGCGGGGGCCGAAGCCUGGGCCUGUCUCAAGUCAGCAGGCAGGAUCUGGAUCAGCUGCAGGGGGAUGUAGCCGCCAGUUUCGGAGACUCUCUGCAGAGGAAGCUGCUGGAGGUGGAGGUGAUCUACAGCCAGGCACGCUCACGCUACACCUUCAUCCAGGUGCUGGUCCGCAGGAUCCGAGGCCUUCUCUGCCGGCCCAGGAGCUAACACACACCCCCACCUGCCCUGUCCGCUCACCUGGCCCAAGGAGAGAUAAGGCCAGUCCCUGAAUGACACUGUCUUAUGUCUUAUGUAUUUCCCAAAAAUGCUCAUUGCUACUUAUUUACUAGUUAUCUGCUGGUGUGCUGCUAUUUUCAGAGCACACUCAUGAAAUUUUACAAUUGU